AUAACAUAGUUAUUUUCAAUUCUAAGGUCAUGGAAAUCGAUGCAGUGUUCACGCUUUCGACAAUGAAACGUAGCCUGCCGUGUGGUGUCGUUUCAAUUUCAAUUUGACUACGUUUCCAUGGCAAUGUUAUAAGUGAAUCCUAUUUUGAAAAAUACAUUUUCUUGAUCAUAUCAUCUGGACAUAAUUCAAAACUUAAAGUAUUGGAUAAUGUGGUAGGUGGCUUCAACUGUAAAUAUGUUUAUAUUUUUAAUUAUUGCACAAGAUGAACAGCAGGUAUCUGAUAAAACUCCCGUGAAAUUUUGUUAAAUCAAUUUAGCCGUGUCAUGGAAACAUAGUGAUUGUCCUAUGCCCAUCCAAGGCUAUAUAACCUGUUUCAUCCCAUGAUGAAGGGGAUCAAGAUGGUAAGCAGCAUGAAAUGAUGGCUUCCGUAGUGACUGCUACAGCCGAUAAUUGAUGUUUUUUUAAAUGCUGUUCCAGUUCUUUGUUUUUGAUAAAAGAUCAUGUAGACCAGUAGAUACAGCGGCUGUGAAGUGGAAGACUUUGGUGACCGACGCAGCAUCACAAGGGGCCAUGUCGGCAGACCAGUUCAAAGGCCUGCUGAAACUCUCAGAGUCCAGUCGACUGGCGCUAGUGAAGAAAAGUAGAAUACAUGACGCCUAUGAUGUAGAACAUUCGCCCUUUGCACGGGGUAAAUUCGCGGCCGUACGCCGCUCCACACACCGCGUCUCGGGCGUGGCGUUCGCGGCCAAAUUCGUCCGCCGGCGGCGCCGAGCCUCGGAGGUGCUCCAUGAGAUACUACACGAGGUGGCCAUCCUGGAGCUGGCCCGCGCCGCCUCCGGCCAGCCGGGCAGUGAGCGCAUCGUCCGGCUGCACGAGGUGUUCGAGACGCCCACCGAGACGGCGAUGGUACUCGAAAUGGUUCCGGGCGGGGAGUUGCAGCGUCUCAUUGACGCCGGCGAGACCAUCUCUGAGCCAGAGGUGCGUCGGAUGCUACGGCAGGUGCUGGAGGCUGUCUCCUUCCUACACGACAGAAACAUCGCCCACCUCGACCUGAAGCCUCAGAACAUCCUUCUGACGGGCCCGUUCCCGGGCUGCGACGUCAAACUAUGUGACUUUGGCAUCUCGCGACUGAUCGAGCCUGGUGUGGAGGUCCGUGAGGUGCUCGGUACGCCCGACUACGUGGCUCCGGAGGUGCUGCAGUAUGAGCCCAUCAGCCUGAGGACCGACAUGUGGUCGGUGGGAGUGCUGGCGUACGUCCUUCUCUCCGGCCACUCGCCGUUCGGCGGUGACACCAAGCAGGAGACGUUCUGUAACAUCUCGCAGGGCCAGCUGGACUUUCCCGAGGAGCUGUUUGGUGACGUCUCCCAGCCGGCGCUGGACUUCAUCUCGGCACUGCUGAUCGUCGAGGCUAGUGAACGUCUCUCGUCCCGAGCGAGCAUGCAGCAUCCGUGGCUCUCCCCUCCCUCCGGCACUCUGCCCGACGCAGACGUCCAGCAGGUCAUCAUCAAACGCUCCAGCUGCGAGAAGGACAUCAACGGCUUCUCCAACAAGGUGCUGGUGCUGGACAAGAAGAUGAUGUGCUAGCGUCCUGGACCAUAGUGUAUCGAGAGGCGAGUCCCAUCGCUCUCCCAUGAGAGAGUGUGAGGGUGAGAGGGGUGUCGACGUAUUGGUCACCCCCGUCUAGUCUGGAGAGUGGUGUCUGCUGCGGAGACGGCAGAUGAGGUAGGAAGUGCCCGAGUGCCCCAUAUGUCGGCGGACAGGGCAGUGUCCGGCGGCCGGGGUCACCAUUCUCCCUCGGCGGGGUGGGGAGGAGAGCGAUGGCGGCGUCCGAGGGAGGUGGGUCGGGCACUUGAUCCGUCUGAUACGGACACAUAAUAGCUAGAUCUGACACACUUAUCGACCCGUUACCUGUGUCUCUGAACCGUUCCAUUCCGUUUCACAAGGUCUGA